AAAAAAUAUAGUGAGCAGUAUGAGAUUCAGUAGAGAAGAUUUAAGAUCACGGUGGAUCGGGGCACGUCAGUGCGUUAGUUAAGAGAGAGAGAGAGAGAAAGAGAGAGAGAGAGAGAGGGGGGGACGCGGUGGAGGGUAUCUGGAGACCCUUCACAGUGAUGCGCGCAUCUAUUAUAGUGCAUUAUCAUUUAUCCAUGAUGGGAAUUUAUUAACGCUCGUUCUCGAUCCACGUGCGCACUCCUAAAUACGAUUCGUUAUCGUGUCUUCGCAUCCAGCUUCUGGGAAUAAACUUUCACAUUCCGUUUUUUAUUAAAUCAGAGCAAACGGAGGUCUGGUGUAUUACAGGUUUCAGUUGCAGAAAUGAGGGAAAGGCUCUUCGCGUUUCAUCUUCUUGUCUUAGUCUCCUUAACGGUAUUUUGGCACACAAGGUUAGUGUCUGCAGAUAGCACAACAGAUGCCUUCAAAAACAACAUCACCCUGUUCACACGAAUCCUAGACCGUCUGCUAGACGGCUACGAUAACCGACUGAGACCGGGACUGGGAGAUCGAGUCACCACGGUAAAGACGGACAUCUAUGUCACCAGUUUUGGCCCUGUUUCAGACACAGAUAUGGAGUACACCAUCGACGUCUUCUUCAGGCAGAGCUGGAAGGACGAGAGGCUGAAGUUUGAGGGACCAAUGAACAUCCUUCGUUUGAACAACCUGAUGGCCAGCAAGAUCUGGACUCCAGACACGUUUUUCCAUAAUGGCAAGAAGUCUGUGGCACACAACAUGACCAUGCCCAACAAACUGCUGCGGAUUCAAGAUGACGGCACUCUGCUUUACACCAUGAGGUUGACUGUACAUGCAGAGUGUCCGAUGCAUCUUGAAGAUUUUCCCAUGGACUUCCACUCCUGUCCUCUGAAGUUCGGCAGCUAUGCUUACACAAUAACAGAAGUGACGUACACGUGGACGAAGAAUGCAUCCAACUCUGUGGUAGUGGAGGAGGAGAGCUCCAGACUAAACCAGUAUGACCUGCUGGGACAAACUGUGGGCAACGAAACCAUCAGAUCCAGCACCGGUGAAUACACAGUGAUGACCGCACACUUCCACCUGAAAAGAAAGAUUGGUUAUUUUGUGAUUCAGACGUAUCUGCCGUGCAUUAUGACCGUAAUAUUGUCCCAGGUGUCCUUCUGGUUGAACCGUGAGUCGGUUCCAGCCCGAACCGUUUUUGGUGUGACCACCGUACUGACCAUGACCACAUUGAGCAUCAGCGCCCGUAACUCCUUACCUAAAGUCGCCUACGCCACAGCCAUGGACUGGUUCAUCGCCGUGUGUUACGCUUUUGUCUUUUCUGCCCUGAUCGAGUUCGCCACCGUCAACUACUUCACCAAGCGUGGCUGGGCGUGGGACGGCAAGAGCGUGGUCAAUGAUAAGAAAAAAGAAAAAGCAUCAGUCAUCAAGAAAAAUAACGCUUACGCCGUCGCUGUGGCAAACUACGCCCCCAACAUCACCAAGGAUACCGUACUCCCUACUAUCGCUAAGGGGAGCACACCCGAACAAGGAAAGGCCAAAUCCGACCCGAAACCGGCCGAGGCGAAGAAAACCUUCAACAGCGUGAGUAAAAUCGACCGCAUGUCGCGCAUCAUGUUUCCCGUCCUCUUCGGAACAUUUAACCUGGUUUACUGGGCGACGUACUUAAACAGAGAACCUGUGAUCAAAGACAUGGUGCCAUCUAAUUAGAAGAUGUCCAGGACUGUGAAGGAUUCAACUGAGCAGGACUAAAGACUCAGACAAAAUCACCCAGGGACUUUACAUGUAUCUCGCUCUGAUUCUCUCUCUCUCUCUCUCUUUCUCUCUCUCUCUCUCUCGCUCUGAUUCUCUCUCUCUCCAUCUGCUCCAGACAGACGUGCUGUGGUUUUUGCAAGAUGCCUUCCGAUAUUUCACUUUCUCUCUCUCUCUCUCUCUUGUCUAUCGUCUGUCUUUUCUACAGCUUUUUCAGCAGUGCUUUGCAAACGACAUUUGCAUUUGUACAUAUGUACCUAGUGAAAAUGCCGUUGCGUAACUUUACGAUGUUUGGAUCUGUGUUUUCCGCUUUGUGAAAAUUUGUACGUUUUGAGUUCUCUUGAAAUCUAACUUUGGACCUCUCUCUGUGAUAUAGAUUAGCAAAUUAUAGUCAUUUAUUUAUUCGAUGUAAAUGUUCUUAUUUUUCGUGAUGGUGCUUGUUUUCCAGUAGGCUGUUAUUUUUAUGAGACCGAACUCUUUUGGGGUUCGGUCGGAUAUUUUGUGCUGGGCCCAUACACAAAAAAGACAUGAGAACAAAUGUUUACACACAUCUGUGCUUAUUGUUGCUUUUCGAUGUUAUUUUUAAGUUAUCUACAGUCGAUAAACAAAAAAGUCGAUGUAUAUUGUAUUAAAAAGGACCUAUGGUUUCUAAACACAAAGAGAAGCAUGUGUAAGACUGCACUUAAACUGGUUGUACUGUAUGUUACAAUCUCACAGGCCUCUAUUGUACCCAUCAUUGUAUGUUUGUUUGAACAAAAUGAAGAAUUAAUUUCUGUGCCACAGAAUGUUGUCAAUAUAGCUUUGGUUUAACUGAACCCAUUAUGUUUCUUAAAAAUCAUUCUGGAUGAUGAUGAAAUGUUGAAAUUACUGUAAUGCACCAGCAUAUGUUUGGGAGGGUGAUAUUAGUCCAUGCAAACCUGAAUUUCAUUGGGCACUGUGGUUCCAGUUUGUAGUCUGCCCUUUAUUUAGCAAAUACAGUACAUUAUUAUCUAGGCUAAAUCAUCUUUCUCAUUCAGAGUCCACUCAAAAACUGUCUGUGUUUGGAUAAAUGCCAACACAUGAAUCACUCAAAUACUAGACCUGAAGAUAUUUAAUCAUUCUCCUGAAAUGUGAAAUGGAAAUUGGCUCAAAAAGCGCAAAAAUGUCAACAUUCAGGUCACGUAGUAUUUCCAGGCCUGUGUGUGUCAGUGAGAAAGUUCAAUCUGGAUAAUGGACAUGCUGAUUUUAUAACUUCAAAACUGUUUUAUAACUUUAUCAGUUGUUAAAGAUGCAGUGUGUAGAUUUUAGUGGCAUCUAGUGGUGAGGUUGUGAAUUGCACCCCUCCCUUUCAAAGCACAUAGAGAAGCUACGGUAGCCGUCACAUGACAAACAUAUUGUCAUCUGAGACAACAUAGUGACAAACGCGCUCUGAGUAUUUUGUCUGUUUAGGGCUACUGUAGAAACAUGAAAGCGACUUCCAUGUAAGGAGAUAAAAACGUCUCAUUCUAAGGUAAUUAAAACAAUACAGUUCAUUAUGUAAAGUCUUUAUGCACCACUGAAAACAUAGUUAUCUCUAUUAUGUUGCAGUUUUGUCAAAAUAUCCUUAGAAUAUUUACACACUGCACCUUUAAAUUUUCUACAUCAUUAGAAAAUAUAUAUAUAUAUAAUGAAUCUAGUAUAAUUAUAGCAGCCCAUGUUGAAUAGAGCUCUCAAAGGUGAAGUGUGUUCAUUUUCCAUCAUUAAAAUUCUUUGCAGUAAGACUUUCUCAAGAGUUUAAACACUGUGGCUUUGUUAUACCUUCUGGUUUAAGCAAUGGGUUGAGUUUAGGAUAGGAUUUUCCGGCCGAUGCAGAUAAGGUGGACGAUAUGAUUGGUCAAAUUUUUUGCCAUUCAGUAGUGAUGUAUAAAAUACACACAUCACCUUUCAAAGCUGUUUUAGUGAAAAAACAUUUGAAAUCUAAACGUGAUAUGUCCAUGAUGUCACAUUUCCACCUGUUGCCACUGUGCAUUCUUCUUAUACGUGUACUGAAAAUGAGGUUUGGACCAAAAGACCAACAAGUGCUUCAAACACAGCAUGUUUACUUCUGUUGUUUACCCUCCAAAAUGAAGCAAACUAUUUUUGCUCUUAUUGUGUUACUUAUAAAACAUCACGCAGUAUUGAAAAUAUGACUCUGAAUUGUGACAGAGUUGCAAACAUUUGUAUAUAAUGUAAGGAAUAUUUGUCCAUAUAGAUGUUGUUGCUGUACAUUUGUGUGUGAUUUAUCACAAGCCUGUUUUGUUGGUUUGUACAGUUUUAUACUCAAAAGAUUUUAGUUGACAUUUUAAGGCAACCCUUUGUUUUCAGUUUUUUUCUUGAGAGGAAAUUGUAUGAUGUUCAUUUCAGCAUGCUGUGACCCGUUGGCUCUCGAGAAAACGGUACAAUGUUUUGAAAAGUAUGUGCCGCUAAAAUGAUUUAGUUUGUUCUUCAUACAGAUGUUAUACUUUUCUAAUGCUCAUGUAAAGUUAUUAAAUAUUGUUUUAUUUAUUUAUUUAAAAAUAUAUAUUGUUAAUUUAUCUUUGUUUUUCGGUAGAAACUGUUAGCAUAGUACUGUAAAUCUAUUUUCUGUUUGAUAUAAUAUCAUUCUGCUUUAAUUUAAUUGUUACUUUGAUUGUAUUGGAUGAUGGCUGCAUCUUUGUUAUGCAUAAUCUGUUUGAGCAAUAAAAAGAGGUGAUAUUUAAACGUCCUGCAUGGAAAGAGCUUUCCACACACAGAAUGUAGAGCUCCAACACACAUUACUGCUAAAAGAAAAUGUGAAAUACAUUCCUUUAUGAAUGUUGAUGUUUUCAGUUAUGAAAAGAAUGUGUGAAUAUUACAGGGUUUAUAUUUUUUUCUUUUUAAGUGUUUCUUUUCUUGAAUAUAGCACUCUUAUAAUAUUGAAUAUAUGAGUAAGAAUUGUACAUCUUUGCAAACUGUCACCAAGACCAGCUAUGUUCUCACUAAUGUCUGUUAUUCUUCUAUAUAAUGAAGUGAAUAUUAUUUUUGUUUCCUGAUGUAAAUGUGAAUUUGGCCACAUGAGCAGAACUGAACUGCUUAAGUCCUUCAGCUGCUGGGACUCAUUUUCUAAAUAUUGGUACUCUCUCUUUCAAACAUCAUUCAACUUUCAACAGCGAAUUGCUAAAUAAAUGACUAGAAUAAAUUUA